GAAAGACCGAACAGUGAGAAGAGAAAAAUAUCAUCUGAAAAAUCUCUUGAGGAGCCCCGGGCCAUAUCAACACAGAGUACUAUGAUGAGACAAGGGGAAGGAGAGGAGGUCAUCAGCCCUCUGCAGUGGAUGGAUGGAGACAUGAGCUCGCCUGAUGGAAACACAUCGGUCUCAUUACAUCGCUACAAGGCAGGUGGAGCAAACCAACAGACCAGGGAGAUGGGGAGUGAGGAUGCAGAGGAGGAUGAGGAAGAUGAAGAGGACAGACAGGAGGAUGAAAAUGACUGCAAAAAACAAAGGCCUAAGAAAAAGCGGAUGACCAAAGCCCGACAGGAGCGAUUCCGUGCCAGGCGUAUAAAGGCUAAUGCCAGGGAGCGCUCACGUAUGCACGGUCUAAAUGAUGCCCUGGAGAACCUACGCAGCAUCAUGCCCUGUCACUCCAAAACCCAGAAACUGUCCAAGAUUGAGACAUUACGGCUUGCUCGCAACUACAUCUGUGCUCUGUCUGAGGCUCUGGAGGGGGGCCUGUCCACAGAGAGUAGGGCUUUCAUGGAGACGCUGUGUAAGGGCCUCUCACAGCCCACCACCAACCUGGUGGCUGGCUGCCUGCAGCUGGGACCAGCUCAUGGUGCUGGGAUGGGGCCUGAGGACAGACAUGGUAUUCGGGCACCACCUACUCCUCUCAGUGGGGUGGUAAGCUACUCCUCCCCAGGCCUACCAAGUCCACCUUAUGGCAUGUUUGACUCUGCUCACCUUCUUCACCUGAGGGCGAUAAAAGGAGGAAUGAAUGAGAGUCACUUCCCAAAUGAGUAUAAUGCUGGUGGCGUGGGGACCCCUCCAUACGACAGCCCUCCUACACCACCUCUGAGCAUCAGCAGUAACAUGGUGCCGAAACAGGAGCCCUCACACCACUACUCCUCCUCCCCUGUUGAGCAGGGCCUGUAUCAAGCUCAGAGCAGCUAUAACAUACACCGACAGGAGCCAUAUUACUCCUACCAUCCACCGCAUAUGAACCCGCGACAGAUAAGCUCUGUCUAUAGAGACUAAAGAGGCUGAGGAGAGUUCAGUCACCAAUACAACCUCACUGCUUGAGUUAGUCUUUGAUCCUUCAUGAACAUUUAAGACUGAAGAGUUGACCCGUCUCAGUAAAGGCUGUUAUCAGAAGAAUGGUAGAAUAAAACUGGCUCGAUUAUAUGUGUGGAGACUUGCACAGUAGCACUGCUGAACAUUACUAAUCUUAGAAAAUACUUGACCUAAACCAGCACAUUUUCUUAAAAAUGGAUUACCAAAUGAUGUAAGGACCUAAGGGUUCCUAACAGGAAAAUCUGCUUUGGCCAUUUUGACCAAUGUCCUGUUACUGUAAUAUAAGCACUUCUUAUUUAUCUUUGG